AUGUACAUAUUCUUGGGGAAUUUCUCUUUGCUAGAAAUAUGUUAUGUCACCACAACUGUCCCUAACAUGUUGGCCAACUUCCUCUCCACAAGCAAGUCUAUCUCCUUUGUGAGUUGUUUUGUACAAUUCUACUUUUUCUUCUCUUUUGGAUGUGAUGAGGGCUUCUACCUUUGCAUCAUGGCCUUUGACAGGUACCUUGCCAUCUGCCAUCCUCUACAUUAUCCAAGCAUCAUGACUAAAGAGCUAUACACUGGCCUGGCCAUCUUUGGAUGGUCUUGUGGGUUUAUCCUCUUCCUAGCACCAGUUUUUCUUAUUACACAGUUGCCCUAUUGUGGCCCAAAUGUCAUCAACCACUUUAUGUGUGAUCCUGUCCCAUUGAUGAUGUUGUCCUGUUCUGAAGACACCACCACACAGCUCAUUUACUCUGCUUUCAAUGCUAUCUUCAUGGUUGGCACCUUUCUCUUUAUUCUUUGUUCCUAUGCUCUGGUGAUUCUGGCUGUGCAACGGAUGCCCUCAGCAGCAAACAAACGCAAAGCUUUCUCCACUUGUUCUUCUCAUCUGGCUGUGGUAGUCCUGUUUUUUGGCUCUGUUAUGGUGACAUAUGUUAGCCCUGGAUCAGAACACCCAGUGGAAGUACAAAAAAUUGUUACCUUAUUUUAUUCUGUGAUAACACCCCUCUGCAAUCCUUUAAUUUAUAGCCUUAGGAACAAGGAGGUGAAGGCUGCCCUAAGAAAAGUCUUUGGGACUGAAAAACUUGUUCAUAAAACAUAAAUGAGAAGUCAUGGUUAAGCAAAUUCUGUCACAACAUAUUUUAACAAGUCAUGAGUAUGAUUUCUCUACAGAAUUCAAUAAUUUUGAUUAGAAAAUUAUUACAAUAAAGUCCAUUGUCCUCUUAAACAUUGUUCACUACACAGUAAGGUCUUAUUCAAGAAAUUAAAUUGUCUUAUGAAAAUUGAACCUAUCAUAUAUAAUUCAGUUUCCAAAGUUCUGUUUUUUUACAUUGGAGCAGCAUAUCAGG